CCAGUCAGAAUCAAGAGCCCCAACACGCCCCCCAGAAAGCCUGCUGGUUCUUUAAUCCAGUCAAUACAGUCACAGCUGUUUAACACUCCUGUUGAUUGACAGUACACAGACACUCUCUGAUAAAAUAUUUUUAAAUAAAAUAUCAAUAAGAAGGAAAUGCAUUAACAUAUUACAGGUUGUUUUGAACGAGAAAACAUAAUCCAAGAUUAGAGUCGCGUGACCGAACCCAAAGGAAAACUGAGCGGAACGGAAGUUGACGGGACAGUUUGUUUCCGCACGGACACUUUAGCCUGGAUAAUCGGCGGAGAUGGCAGCGCUGAGGACAGUGCUUCAUGCUCGAGUUGUCCCGUUCUCCGGUUCUCUGCGGUUUGUCAGCUCCUUCAAGAGCAGGAGAUGUUUGUAAAGCAUCAAAGGAAAAAGGAAGUAACAUUUGAACACGUUUCCUCCUCCUCCUUCUGUCUUUUUCUUUCUGUCUUACUUUUGUAAUCAUAUUUAAUUGUGUUUGCUAAAUCCUGAUUAAUUUAACAGUCGAGUCAGCAUCUUCACUGACGAUAACUUGCCACUAAAUGAAGCAUGCUUUACGAAUAACUAAGAUUGGAGAACAAUCGCUGUAUCCGCGGCCUGCUCUGCUCUCGUCCACGUUCCCGCUCUCCGCUCUACUCGUCCUUCUCCGUCUCAGGCAGCGGAUCUCACCAUCCAGCGGAACGCAGCAUGCAAGCCCAAGCCCGACCCGUCCACGCUGCUGUUCGGCAAGAACUUCUCCGACCACAUGCUGACCGUCAGCUGGUCGGAGAAGACCGGCUGGGAGGCGCCGCAAAUCAAACCCUUCCAGAACCUCUCGCUGCACCCGGCCAGCUCCUCCCUUCACUACUCCAUCGAGCUGUUUGAGGGCAUGAAGGCGUUCCGCGGCGUGGACAACCACAUUCGCCUGUUCAGACCCAUGCUGAACAUGGAGCGGAUGCAUCGCAGUGCAGAGAGAAGCUGCCUUCCACUCUUCGAGAAGGCGGAGCUGCUGGAGUGCAUCAGGAAGCUGGUGGAGGUGGACCAGGAGUGGGUCCCGUACUCCCUGGAUGCCAGCCUGUACAUCAGACCCACCUUCAUCGGGACCGAGCCUUCUUUGGGCGUGGCUCGACCUGGAAGUGCGUUGAUCUUCGUCAUCGUCGGCCCGGUGGGACCUUACUUCAGCACGGGGACCUUCAACCCGGUGUCUCUUCUGGCAGACCCUUCGUUUGUCAGAGCUUGGAAAGGAGGGGUGGGGGCCUACAAGAUGGGAGGAAACUACGGGCCCACCAUCGCCGUGCAGAGCGAGGCCUCAAAGCGAGGCUGCCAGCAGGUGCUGUGGCUGUACGGAGAAGACGAGGAGGUCACAGAGGUCGGCACCAUGAACUUCUUCGUCUACUGGACCAAGCAGAACGGAGAGAGGGAGCUGGUGACUCCCGGUCUGGACGGCCUCAUCCUCCCCGGAGUGACCAGGCAGUCCCUGCUGGACCUGGCUCGAGGCUGGGGGGAGUUUAAAGUGACGGAGCGAACGAUGGGCAUGAAGGAGCUGCUCGCCGCUCUGGAAGCUGGACGGGUUCUGGAGGUGUUCGGAGCCGGAACAGCUUGUGUGGUCUGUCCGGUCAGCGAGCUCCUCUACAAAGGAAAAACAUACCACAUCCCCACCAUGGAGAACGGUCCGGACCUGGCAAAGAGGUUCUUCAAGGAGCUGACGGACAUUCAGUACGGACGCACGCCGAGCGAUUGGGCGCCGCUGGUCGUUUAAACGGCCCCGUUUGCACACAUGCCACUCGUAUCAACCGUUAGUCGUGUAAUUCCAGUUCAGACGACCAGCAGCUCCGCUUCCUUCUAUCGUUCACCCCAGCAUUUUCACUCAGAAGUACCCCCGUUGCCCUGAUUUGCCCCCAUUUCCUGCAGACUCUUCUCAGAACUCGGUGAAAGAGUUCUCAGUCAUUUACGGCUUUUAUUCCCCCCAAAUGGACGUUUCCCGAAGAACGCUCUGGCGUCAGAUUUGGCGUGCAGGACUUGGAUGUCCGGCGCCUCACCUCUAGACGGCAUGCGCUACGUUUUCCCAUCAGCAGAUGUUCACAAGAGCAUUGUGGGUAUCCUGCAGCGUGUGCUGUUCUCUUCCAAACUUUAGACUGUGACAUUAUGGUGAAUGGGUGGAAGUUGUGUUGCUGUUGUGUACUGGUGUCGUUCUCGGGGGGGCCACAUCACCUUGACAGCAGUUUGCACUGAUGCUGAGAGGAAACACAAACGGUUUUUAAUGUCUAUUGGGGUUUUUUUUGUUGUUGUUGGUGAUCGGCGCACAAACGUAGAGAAGAGAACAGCGGCACUGAGAAGAUGGUCGACGUUCAAGAGCAACGACUCUGAGAUCAGAACAAUGUACGCCCAAAAGUUUUAAAUUAUUUAAUCCUAUUUCCAUGUGAAAUUAGAGCGUCUUCCAAAGUCGUCUGUGUCAUCUGACCGUAUGCCACUUGCUGUCUUGUGUUUCCUCUCUUUUAAUGUAUUUCAUUCUGACAUCUCUCUUUAAGUGCCUAAACGUUGUUUCUUUGUUCAACUGCUGAUUUGUUUGUUCCAGGCUGUGCACUAAAGAUAUAGCUGAAAAAUAAGAUUAGUUUAUUUUAAAUAGGUUGUUACCUUCAUACAGAUGUGACGGUUUUUUAUUAAAAUCUCGUCUAAAGUCCUGUGAA